AUGGUGCAACUGGUUGAGAGGGAUGAUAUGACCGUAGAAGCUGACAGACUUGCUGGUUUUUUCUUCAAACCGAACGACUAUGGAAAGGGUUGCAAGCUCUCCUCAAGGUGUCAUCAACACGAUUUUCUGAACACGGUUGAAAAGUUUGAGGCCUCAGAGAAGAGUUGGUUUCAGGAUCAUCCUCAGUUCAAGCAUAUAUUUCACAUGGAUUGUACCCCAACAAGAAAAGUGAUGGGAUUGUGGAUGUUGCUACUUCGUACUAUGCAUACAGGAAAGGGUCGACAAGCUUGGUUUGGGGAAAACGGUGUUCCAAUUAGAUACUCCAUCACGGAACAUAGCCUCCUCUCUGGUUUAUACUGCCACUCAUAUCCAGAAAACUAUCUGAGCAUAGGGAGCAUGAAGUUUGCGAGAAAGCAUUUUAAGGUGAAGAAGACAAAGGAUGGGAAGGAAAAGGGUCUGCAAGUGACAUAA